CUGUUUAGCCGUCACCACGCCUUCAACGUGUUACGUAACAUCACGUACACCGACGCAUUUAAGUAGGAAACUUCAGUGAGUCGGUUCGUCUCGGUGUCUUCAUCUGAGUGUAAGGGCUGUCAGCGGCGUUUCACAGCCAUAUCUUUCAGGGUUAUCAGGAUGGGUGUGCUCUCUAAGGACUAUGGAUUGGUGGUUUUGACUGGUGUUGCCAGUAUGGUGAUGGUUGGACACCUGGCCUUCAAAGUUGGCAAAGCCCGCAAGAAGUACAAUGUCCCUUACCCUCAGAUGUACAGCGAUGACCCAGAGAAUGGGAAGAUCUUCAACUGCAUUCAGCGUGCACAUCAAAACACUUUGGAGAUCUACCCCGCCUUUCUGUUCUGCCUCGCUAUUAGUGGAUUGAAUUGUCCUCGCUGUGCCAGUGGACUUGGAAUUGUGUGGAUUAUAAGCAGAGAGGUGUAUGCACAUGGGUACUCCACAGGAGAUCCUAAAAAGAGGAUGCGAGGAGCUUUCGGGAAUUUGGCCAUGCUCGGGUUGAUGCUGUCCACAGUCAACUUUGGCCGCCAGCUGCUCGGCUGGACAGGACCUCAGAUGCGAGGCCCCUUCCGCCAAAUUAACGCUUGAUGGUGAGGACAGAUCCUUAAGCGUUGCCCCGAUUAGUCAUUCGCCUUUUAAUCAAAGCCACUUUUAUAACCCUGAUGUCUGCUAACCUCUGACCAGUUUUACACUUGGAGUCAGGUGAGGUUGUUGCUCUCAAGUGACUUGACCGGUUCUCCUGGAAGGGAAAUGCCUUAUUAAGGGUAAUUAAUUUGUUUUCUCUGAUGGGCACUCCUGCAACAAUUAAGAUCAGUCUGAUUGUCUUAAGGGCAUCUGCACCCUAAUUUUAAGCUAAUAGAAAAUGUCCAUGCAUUUUUUGCAAUAAAGAUCAUGUUCUAAAAAGGGAUAUUUCGAGGAAAUAGAUCUAAAAUGACAUUAUGUUUGCACAUUCUUGACUGAAACAUCAGAUUUUGUAUGAAUACAUGAAAAUGAAUGUUGCUUUUCAAAGUAUAAACUUUAUAUUCCACCUAUGAUUGUCUUGAUUGUAGAUUUCAUUCAUCCUGAAAAAAAGGAUGUGACUUGUCAUAGUGAUAAUAUUAAAUAUCACACAUUGGUUAUAAA